AUGCAUUCCUAUUUCUUCUCUUUACUGAAAACCAGUAUUAUUUUGAGUUUUUGAUAAAGCAACAAGUAGAACGGAGUCAAGAGGUUCGUUUAAUUUUCAUCUUUCGGCUCAAAAUGAUCAUUCAAAAUAGCACGAAUUGAUUUAUGUGAGACAGAAUUUUCGUCGGUUUUGAGAUGUGGAAUACGAUUUCCAGUAGCAUAUUUUAAAAUAUUGAAUUAACUUUUGAGACGAAUUAAAUCUUCCACCACAUGGAACACUAAACUAAAUGACAGAUAACGCUCAAGCUCCUCGUGAUUUUUUUUUUAUAUUUGUACAUGAGUCCUUAGUUUUAUUUUCUUUAUUGAAUAUGUUUCUUGUUACAACUUGAGCUCUACUAUCGAGAGCAAGUUUUCUGUGCUUCUUAGCUUUGGUUGGUGCGUGAUUUGGAGCUAGAAGCAUCUCAGCUGCUCUUAUUCAAGACAAGAUCUUCUACAAUUUCUUUUUCAGAAUAAGAUUCAUCAGAUUCAUCGUAUACACUGAAAAGGCUCUUUGUAUCACUGCUGCUAUCAUCAUGGGUAGAAGUUCUGUCUCUAGUACGAGUUUUUAAAGUAAUCAACAUCAUUUUCCUCAUUCUCUAGAUGUAGGUGGACUUGUUUCUUAAGAUAUUUGCUGUUUCUGUUGAGUUUCUUGACUCUAAUUUUGACUUGUGAUAGUGCUUGGAGCAAAUUAUAUAUUAUUAUUAUAUAUUAUUAUUAUAUAUUAUUAUUAUAUUAUAUUCCUGUUGCCCUAAAGCCUGCUUUAACAUUUGACAUGGUCAUUGUUAUAUCCCAAAUAGCUGAAAAUAUGCUUCAAAAACAACGCAUAUUACUUAUAAAACAUUUUUCUGGAUGCUUUAACAGCUUCAUAGUCCCUAUAAUACUCAAACGCUCGAUUGAUUGGAGUUUGUGUGUUGUAUAAGUGGGUAAACAAUACAAUGUAAUAUCGAAUCUGUCAGUGGUUUCCAAAAUAAUGAAAUCCAAAUGACAUUGGGUUCCAUAAAAAAUAACCUUGAACCCUAAAUUUUGCAAAAUGCUCUAUCCAACUGCUCUAUGCUGCUUGUAUCAUGCUACCUUUUUCAGUCAUAAGUACUAAAGUCCCUUCAGGCAUUAAGUAAAUUCUUGUUUUUGGAGCUUUCCUUUAAACAAAAUUUCGGGAGGUAUUGCUGCUCUAAUAGUGUAAAUUUGUUUAGUUUUUGGGCUCUUGACGGGUUUAAGUUUUGUGCUUUUCUGACCCGGAUUUGAAUGGUUUCUUUCCAUAAAUCUUUAUAGCAGAUAGGUAUCAUCCAGCCUGUAGUGUUAUGGGUGUUGACUAUUGGAACCUCAGUUAGAGCCCAAUUAAACAAGUUAGUUAUGGAUAACACACUUUAUUCAAAAUAACACUUAUUUACAAGAUUUUUGCAUUACAUUAUUUAGCGACAUAUAGUCGAUGCUAAGGUCGAUGCCUGACUUUGACCCGCUAUUGACUGCAUUUUGAAUCCAAGAAGACUCACAGUACUUGUGGGGGAACUGUUUAAUCCCCGCUUAGUUAUUGAUUACGCUUAUUAAUUAUAGUAAGUAUAACAUAGCCGUGGCCUUAUUGCUAUCUAUCGACUAUGUCCAUAUUGCUCACAUGUAUAAAGUUAACUGUUUUUUCCAAUAUCACGUGCUAUCAUUAACUUAACCGUAGAUUCAAAAAAUUUAAAUCACAAUUUUCAUUUGGAAAGCAGUUCACGCUCAGGCGGUUGGCUCAAGACACUGAUGACUAUACGGCUGGUGUAUUUGUUGAGUUACGCUAAAAACUGACUCAAUACAUGACGGAUGACGGGACUUGACACAGACAGUGAGAGGUGAACGUGGCCGAGUUGUUAAUUGAUUUGAUGUUGUUUUAGAAUUUUGAUUUUAUGUUAUGUACCGGAAAUAAAUACCAAGUAUAAAUAUUACUGCUAUUGUAUACAUGAAUACCUUGUCCACCUCAAUCAACAGGUUAUGGGCCCAGAAUUAAAGGAUUGAUGAGAUAAAUAAAGAAAUAGAAAAUAUCAAAAUAAAAAGAAAGCAACAUGGCUGGACAAGGUAUAAGAGGCUAUAAUAUAGAAGCACUAAAUGGAGAAAACUAUUAUAACUGGAAAUUUAGAAUAGAAGCAAUAUUGGCAGAAAAUGGGGUAAUAGAAAUGGUAAAAAAUGAAAUAGACAUAGAAAACAUAACGGAUGAAGAUAGGAGAAGAAAAAUGAUUAAAGAUGAUAAUAAAGCAAAGUCGUUGAUAAUUUAAUGUGUGGCAGACUCGCAGUUAGAAAUCUUACGAGGUAUGCUUUUGAUAUGUGGAGAACAUUAGAAACAAAAUAUGAGAGGAAAGGGUUGCCAGGGCAAUUAUUUUUAAAGAAGAAGCUAUUAUCGUUGAAGCUUGAGGAAGGAGAUUCAUUAGAAAAAUUCAUUAUGGAAUUUGAAGAGACAUUAAGGCACUUAAAAGCCACUGGGGUUAAAACUGAUGAACAAGACAUUGUGUGUAAUUUACUAAUGGCACUUCCAAAAUCAUAUGAAACUGUGGUAACAAUCAUUGAAAACAUGCCAAAAGAACUUCUGACUUAUAAGAAUGUUAAAAAGAAAUUAUUGGCCGAAUAUGAGAAAAGGAAAAUAGCUAGAAACUAUGAUGUCAGUAGCCCAGCAGCAGCUUUUUUAAGUGAUAGAGUUUGUUAUGGAUGUGGAAAACGAGGGCAUAUACGAAGUGAGUGCUGGAGUCAAAAGCGAGGUACAGUAUCAAGAGGAAGCAGAAGUAGCUAUAGGGGCUCAAAUGAAGGAAGAGGCAACAUGAAUUCAAGAGGAAGGUUUCAAUUAGGUAGAGGCAAUGUCAGAAAUAGUAAAAAUCAAGACCGUAUUCAUGAGCUUAAGGCAAAUAGGUACAGUAAUCAUGCUAAUGUGCAAAAUGAAAAUCAAGAUAUGUACAAAAGUGUAGAAAAUGAUAGUGUAUGUUUCAUGACAGGGCCAGAAAUGGCUGGAAAUAAGUGUGUUUAUUUCAAGUGUGGACUAAGUAAAAGAUCAGAUCCUACAAUUAAAAUGUACCGAUUUCCUGUGUAUGACCCUACCAGAUGUCAAAAAUGGAUCAUACACUCGGGUAAUGCUGUUUUGGCAAACCUAAGCCAGAAAUCACUAAGAAAUAAGCUGAUCUGCAGCAAACAUUUCAGUGAAAAUAUUAGUCAAUCUAAAAGAUUGCCUACUAUUGUACCAUUCCGCUACAAAAAUGAAGGUUCAGAAAGUGAAUCGGAUAGGGAAAAUUAGGAUGAACAAAUAAUCCAAUUGAAUGUUUCCUCACAUCCACAAACCUAUUCAAAUAGUGAUUUUAAUGCCCCGAUUCAUUCCAGAAACAUUGACAUGAGAGGUAAUCAGUAACCAUGAAGAUGAAGAGUGGUUGAAAGAGUUACAGAACCUUCCAUCUUGUUCUAUGGGUAUUGGAGGUAGGAAGCAGUCAUUGCAAGAAGAAAAUGAACGGUUGAAAAAGGAACUAACCAAUGCUAGGAAAAAAGUCAAUAACCUGAAUACUCAAUUGUGAGCUACAAAAAAAAAGGAUUAUGAAAACGCAACUCUCUGCGAACGUUUUGUAUAGAGAAGGAACUCUCACGAAUUUUAUAAAAUCUCUUGUGAAUAUGCAAUUACGACAUAAGAUAAAAUCCCCAUGGUUACCAUCUGAAAGGAAAACUGCCUUGUCAUUAUUUUAUAAAGGACCUAAGACAUACAGAUAUUUGCGACAAAAAGGGUUUAUUUUGCCAGCAAUAUCAACAGUGAAAUCAUGGGUUGCCAAUUUCCGUUGCAAACCUGAAUUCAAUAAAAAAUUUUUUAUGCACUUUACUUUAAAGGCGGAUACGAUGCUGCCUUAUGAGAAGAAAUGUAUUCUGAUGGUCGACGAAAUGUCUAUUAAGAGGAAUCUUGAGUACAACAUGAAAACAGAUUUAAUUGAGGGUUUUGAAGAUCUGGGCGAGUUUGGAAGAAAGCCUUUCCAUGCCAGUGAAGCUCUAGUUCUCAUGAUCAGAGGAAUCUAUAGCAACUGGAAAAUUCCUAUUGCCUACUUGUAUCGAAUGGUGGGGUGUCAUAUGCUUCUUUAUGGUGUAUAAUUACGAAGGCAUUGGAAAAACUUAGUGAGACAAAACUAGACACUAUAGGCAUAGUAUGUGAUUUAUCAACUACCAAUCAGAAACUCAAAAAGCAUUUGGGGGUUAACAAAAAAAAAACCUUAUUUUUUUCAUAAUGAGAAAAAAUAUCCUUUUUUUAAUGCUCCCCAUCUGUUGAAAUACGUUAGAAACAGUUUUUGGAACAAUAGUUUCAUAUUUAAUGGGCAGUACAUAUGUUUUUCUGACAUUCGAAAAGUUUAUGAUCUUGAUAAAAGGAGCAAAACAGGAAAGGCCUUAUUGAAACUGACUGAUAAGCACAUCAAUCCGAAUUCUUUCGAAAAAAUGAAGGUGAAAUUAUUAUUGGGUCACAGUGUUUAUUCUGUCAUAAUGACAUCUUUGGAAACUGGUGAACUUAUUUCAAGUACAACUAAAAACAUGGCGAACUUUGUUCUAACCAUGAACAAUUUAUUUGAUGCCCUGAAUAGUACACGUUUACAUUCAACAAAACUCUGUAAUCGUGUUUUGAGCGAUACUUAUCCAGAAGAGCUAGCAGCUUUAAGCUCAGGAUAUGAUUUAUUGGAAAAUCUAUACAAAGUUGGAAAAAAGGGAAAUUUGACCAGACCUGAUAGCUUUGAUGGUUUUCUUCUCAUCAUUAACUCCAUUAAACAAUUUGCAAGUGAUUAGAAAAAUGAAGGUUUCAAUUAUUUAUUCAAGGGCAGACUAAUUCAAGAUCAACUUGAAAAUCAAUUUUCUGUUUAUCGUCAAAGAGGAGGGUAUAACAGAAAGCCAACAGUGAAAGCAUUUCGAGCUGCAUUUGAAAUAAAUAUUAUCGCCAAUUUAAUGAGGCCACCUAGAAGUGCUAAUGUAGGCAGUCAACUGGACGAUGAUGAUAAUAUACUGGUCAUAAUACAAGGUGCGAUAUUCAAUACGAAUCCCUAAAUUGAUUUUCCCAAAGUCAGUCCUGGAAUUUAAAAAAUCAAAUGGGCUGUGUUGACACUAUACCCAAUUUGAAUUUAAAGUCAAUUUCACAAAUUAUCCAAAUUAAAAAUGAAGAGGAGUUGACACAUUUUAGUAGCCACAUGAUAUCCUCCCAGGGGGCUCUACAUAUGGGAAAAGUAUAUAAAUUUGCUCACGACACACUCUAUAUAAAUGUUGCUCUUGAAAAAUAAACUGGUCAAAGUGAAGUGGACCAUUAGUUUUUGUUUUUGGUUCCAAUAUAAAAACAAGGCGACCAAUUUACGUAUAGGAAUUAAAAGUGACCAUUUUACAUGUCGGAUUAAUGGUGUAGUAAUCUUGGACACGAGUUGUUUCAAAAACACCUUAAAUCCCAUAUUAAACAUUCAUCAAAAUCAGUAAAUAUUGAACAUAUUUAUCAGAAGCGAAACAUCUAAUACGAGUUGGGAAUAUAAUAUUGAUGAUGACACUUAUUUGUAAAGAAUUUACUGUUAAUUUUAUGACGUAAUAAACUGAGUUAUCGAUUUCAUCAUUUCAUCUUAAAGAAGACCAAAUUAUAAAUAAACUCGUUAUACACA